AUGGCCAUAGCCAUUUCUCAAGCGGUUCUACAGUACCAAAAUUCCAUUCCCUUUGCCAUUCCUGGCUCCAAUUUAGCAAUCAAAUUUAAAAAUUACAGGGUCACCGGCAACAUGAUCAGCGGGGCAGCCCAGCAGCACAAAAAGCGGCUGGUGCCGCUUCGGAGAACGGAUGCCAUGACGUGUGCUGAUCGUCGGAACGGACGACUACUUGAUGAAAUGUGGCGUAGCUCAGGUGCUAUACAGGUAUCUCCAAUAGCAACGAUUGAGGAAGACGGAACCCCACUUUUUUUGAACUUGAACAUUGGUGGGACAACAUACAUGUUAUUGUAUGAUGCCAUCCUGCGAUCAGAUCAAACUUCAUUCUUAAGCAAAUUCUUGCAUUUGACUCAUGAUGCCCGAUUGAAGGUUGCUGAUGCUUACUUUCCCAAGACAAAUACAUAUUUUUUUCAACGAUCACCUAUAGCAUUCGAGGCCAUAUUUCAAUAUUAUUCCACAGGUGUCAUACACAAACCUUCGGAGUUAUGUCCUGCUGCAUUUCUGACGGAGCUAGAGUUUUGGAAGAUUAGUCAUCAACAUGUAGGAAGCUGUUGUGCCGAUGUUAUACCUCAGCCAAAAUCAGAAGAGAAAGAAGAAGAAAGAGUGGACGACACAACAUUUGAUAAUCUUAUGUGCGGAAAACUGAGAAGGCGAAUGUGGACUUUCUUAGAAAGACCAGGCUCUAGUAAUCAAGCAAAAGCUUUCGAGCUAUCGUCUACACUAUUUGUAGCCAUAUCAGUAAUGGGCCUUAGCUUCGGAACAAUACCAGACUUUCAAGUGACGCAUUAUUUGCCACCCCAUAAUGAGACGAUAGUUUUGCCUAAUGGAACUGUAACUAUAGUAGAGAAAGUGGAGGAGAUGAGAGUAGAACAUCCAAUUUUCGUUUUUACCGAACGGAUAUGUAUAGCAUUUUUUACGGUGGAAUACUGCUUACGAAUGUUCGCCGCACCAAGGAAAUGGAGAUUUGCCAUCAAACCAUUGAACUUGGUUGACUUAAUGGCGAUCGUUCCGUUUUAUUUGGAGCUGUUCCUCACACUAUGCGGUGUAGACGACAAGAAGCUGCGCGACUUGCGUUGGGCCUUCUUAGUUGUACGUAUUCUGCGAGUCCUUCGAGUCAUUCGAAUUAUAAAACUUGGACGUUUCUCGUCUGGGCUGCAAACUUUCGGUAUGACUCUGAGGCGGUCACAGAAACAACUUCAAAUGAUGGCAAUAGUUUUGCUCACGGGUGUUGUCUUUUUCUCAACUAUGAUAUACUUCUUGGAAAAAGAUGAAGAAGGAACACCAUUCACAAGCAUACCAGCUGCAUACUGGUGGUGCAUAGUAACGAUGACAACUGUUGGAUAUGGAGAUGCUGUACCAGCAACAACACUUGGAAAAGUGAUAGCAUCGGCAGCAAUAAUGUGUGGAGUGCUCGUAUUAGCCCUCCCUAUCACUAUUAUUGUUGACAACUUCAUCAAGGUUGCACAAGAUGAGCAACAAAUGGAACAGAUAAAGGAAGAUCAAGUGCGUCAAGAGCAAGCUUUAGUGUCCAUGCUUCGUGGAGAUGAUGAAUGA